AUGGUAUUCAUCGAACCCGAGAUAGUUGCUCUUCUGGGCGAGGACCCUGUCCUCACCUAUCAUCGCCAGCCGAAUCCCGUCACAGCACAGGUCGCCUUGUUCGCCAUCUCCUAUUCUACGGUUUUGCGCAUUCUACGUAUCAUACCCGAAACCACUCGAAUCCAGCUGCUCGGUGCUUCGCUGGGUGAAUGGGUGGCCGCGACUGUUUGCGGGGUGAUGCCUUUAAAACAAGCAUUGCAGAUCGUGCGCCUCCGUGCAAGACUCAUCACUGAAGGCAACACAGGCAAAAUGUUAGCUAUAAAUGGUUUGACCCUAGAAGAUCUAUCACAGCUGCCGAGUGGCGUCGAAGUGGCCUGCGCGAAUGCUGACAAGCGCAUCGUUGUGAGCGGCCCACCUGAGUCGAUUGAGAGCUUCAAGGCCACACUUAAAGUGCCUUGCAAAGUGCUAGAUACUGCAGGGGCGUUCCACUCGACAUACGUUGACCGAGCAGUGGCCGUAUUGGAGAAGGAGAUUCCAGUCCUCGUUCCGGACCUUAGGAAACCCUGCAAGUACAACCUCAUCAGCACCGCCACGCAUGUCGAUGGCGAGUGCGAUUUCGCUUCUGCUCGGUAUUGGUGCCGCCAGACAAGACGAACGGUGAUGCUUGGACGCGCCCUGAAGGAGGCCGGCGAAAGUGGAACGAUGUUCAUCGAUGUGGGGCCUGGUGCGGGCAUGAGAACUCUUAUUCGCGAAUGUGUGCCGAGCGCCGCAGUCCUAUGCGCGGCGCGCUACUACGACAAGACUGAUGACGUCCUGCGCGGACGGGUUCCGAGCUGCGGGGAUGUCAUGUGGUGCCGAGAUGUAUCUGAGUUCGACGUCGUGGUGAAGUCGCUCGGUCGAGCCAUCGUAGUGGUAGACGCCGAAGACGAUAGUGAUCCUAUAAGUCUCCUCGGCGAUGUUAUCAAGUUUGUACAGGAGAGUUUGAUACCGAACGGCCGUCUGCUCUCCCACAUGGACACGUUCUUGGUGAUACGUGACUGCCAGUGUGCAAGCUCAGUCGUGGGUUUCGCAAGGUCGCUCAUGUCCGAACAUGGUUCCAACCUAGGCUUGAGGAUUGUCCGAGUUCUCGAUAUGAAGAACUUGCCCUCGUUCAUCGAGUUGCCCAGUUUAGGGGAGUACAAAGUGGCAGAUGGUACUGUUAAGCUUCGGCAACUCUGCCGUAGUCCGCCAGCGACGCCAAGGGCUGACCUCAGCCAGCAGCUCGGUGAUGGUGUCAUUGUGAUUACGGGCGGCUUUGGUGGUCUUGGGCAACUCGUUGCAAAGUGGGCGGCUGACAACAUCAGCUGCAACAAGAUCGUUCUCCUUGGCCGAGCAGCCUCCUCGUCGCUGAGUUCGCUCAGUCUGCAGUGCCCGGUCGACGUACGGAUCGCUGACGUCAGUAACAGUGCUUCCCUUAUCGACGCCGUAUCUGAGUAUCGUGGGAUGGUGACUGUCGUUUUCCACUGUGCGGGUGUGGUGGAAGAUGCUGUUGUUGAAAAUGCUCCCUCUGACUAUCAAGAACUCUACCGAGCUGUUGCCGCGAAAGUUCUCGGCCCAGUGAAUCUCGUGAAAGCGCUAGGAUCGGGUCCUCGGUACGUGUUGUUCUCCUCGAGUUCAAGCGCAUUCGGCAAUCCUGGGCAGUCUGUUUACGCAGCCGCCAACUCCGCCUCCGACUACUUCGCGGAGAAGUCUUCAGCUGACGUAUUGUCUAUUCAAUGGGGUGGCUGGUCUAAAUCGAUCGCGAGCAGUAUGUCUGCCAAAUACAACAUCAAUCCUACAGCAGGGGAGCACUUCUUACAGCCUCGUGAGGGUCUCCAAGCCAUGGGCAACCUCUUGAGCAGUCUCGUCGAUGGUCAUCUGAAGUCGAGGAGUGUAGUGGUCGCGAAUAUCUCUGACUGGCAAAACUAUCUCAGCGCUGCAGGUCUACCGCGAGAGGCUCCAUUAUGGGCUCAGCUCCUGCCUAAACCUGGUCCUGAUUGGGUUCCUAGCAUUGGUCAGGUGGCCGCAAACUGCAGGUUGAGAUGGAUGAUCGAUCAUGCAACGGAGGGCGGCGUUGUUGUACCCGCGACGGCGAUGAUUUUGUGGCUCAUAGGAUACCCUAGGGCUUCCACUGGUGGUCUUGAGCAGGUGGCCUUCCACAAAGUGCUUUGGGUUGACAAAGGCCAGCAUAUCGAAACAACGCGCGGUGAAGUCCGGGAUGGGGAAAUUGUGUAUGCCUCUGCGACCAGGAAAGAGAGCAAGCGUGUUGGCCCUAACUACGUACGUCGAGCUCUGACAGAAUCAAGCUCCAGAUCGGGCGACAGUUGGACUGAGGUUGAUGUUGCUGAUCUCUACCAGCAUUUUGCUGAUGCGGGAUUCCCUUAUGGCCCAUCGUUCAGACUGUUGAGGUCUGCCAAACGAUGUGAGGGCAUUGUCGUGGCCACGGUGAGCGAUGGACGACACCUGGCCGCCGUGAUGGAUGCGUGCACUCACGCUUGUGCGCUACUGGACCCUUCCGCUUUCGGCGGGUACCCCAAAGCCAUUCGAUGCGUCCAUUUCGAGACGGAAACUCCUGACGGCGAGGGCGGCACUGACUGGGAAGUCGUGGUGAAGAAGUCAGGGGUCAACGUGCUGGCUUGCAGUUUCGACUUGGUCCUUCACCAACCGAGUUCUGGACAGUGGAUCACGUUCGAAGGCUUCACUAUGCAGACGACAAUGCCUACGAAUAGCCUCUAUGUCUAUCGCCAGGAAGAAGCUCAGACCCUCGGUAUCGACGACGUGAGGAGCCGCAUUUUGAACUCGGGAAUCAUGCGACCAAUGAUCGGCCCGAUUGACAUCCCUGAUGAACACAGUGUUCCCCAACAAUAUGGUGAAUACGUCAUAACGCCGUCUGGCAACGGUAACUUGGAUGCAACUUUCGCUCCUGUUCGAGUCGACGACGGCAUCGUUCCUCCCGGCUCCGUACGCGUUAGGGCUCAGUACUGGGGUCUGUCUUUCCUGGAUGCUCUCGCAGCUACCGGAGCGAUGCCCAUGUCAUUUUUCGGCGGUGAACUCUCAGGAGUAGUCACUGCUGUCGGCGAAGGAGUUCACCACGUCAAGCCAGGCGAAGUUGUGGGCUGCGUCACCCUGGGUGCCAGCGGAUUGCACUCCACAAUUCUCCUGCCAGCCAGUUACUGUUGCAAGGCAAGCCGCUCUUCCAUGACGUUAUCACACCGUAACGAUGCAGGUCCCGCCUAA